UUCCCCACACUCCCACAGAAUCUCAUUCCCCCUCUCCCGUCGCCGUCAGCCUUGCCCCCGCCGUCGCCACGCGCCACCGUCGCCGUCGCCCCAAAACCAGCCACGCAAACCCCUACCCGGAAAAUGGAGCCCUCCCCCGCUGCCGCAUCCACCCAUGGCGUCGCCGUCGCGGACGACCGACGCGGCUACUGAUCCCGCCCCCACCCCCGCCCCCAUCGCCGUGCCGAGCCUGCGGGCCCGCCUGCCGCACGCGCACCACCACCUGCUCGACCGCCGCGACACGCCGCGGAGGCCCGCGUGGUGGUCCGAGAGGGCGACACGGGAGGCGAUGGACGGGACGGCGGCGAAGCCCGAAACGAAGCUGGUGGCCGGUGAGGCCGGGUACGUCCUCGAGGACGUGCCGCAUCUGUCCGACUACCUCCCCGAUCUCCCGACCUAUUCAAAUCCGCUGCAAGAUAACCCAGCAUACUCCGUCGUCAAGCAGUACUUCGUUAACCCGGAUGACACAGUCUGCCAGAAGAUUGUUGUUCACAAGGGUGGCGCAAGAGGAAACCACUUCCGUCGUGCUGGACCUCGCCAAAGAGUCUAUUUUGAAUCUGAUGAGGUCCAUGCAUGCAUUGUCACCUGUGGAGGGCUAUGCCCUGGGCUGAAUACUGUGAUUAGGGAAAUUGUUUGUGGCUUAUCUGACAUGUAUGGUGUCACCAAAAUACUUGGAAUUCAGGGUGGGUAUAGAGGUUUCUAUGCUUGCAACACUAUCAACUUGACUCCAAAGAGUGUAAAUGACAUUCACAAAAGGGGUGGAACUAUUCUCGGCUCAUCACGAGGAGGCCAUGAUACCAUGAAGAUUGUUGACAGCAUUCAGGACCGUGUUAUAAAUCAGGUCUAUGUAAUUGGUGGUGAUGGUAGUCAAAGGGGUGCAAGAGUAAUUUUUGAAGAGGUUAGAAGACGUGGUCUCAAAGUUGCUGUUGCUGGCAUUCCAAAGACUAUUGAUAAUGACAUCCCUGUAAUUGAUAAGUCAUUUGGUUUCGACAGUGCAGUCGAGGAGGCCCAACGUGCAAUAAAUGCUGCUCACGUGGAAGCUGAAAGUGCUGAGAAUGGUAUAGGACUUGUAAAGCUGAUGGGUCGAUACAGUGGUUUCAUCGCACAUUAUGCUACUCUAGCGAGCAGAGACGUGGAUUGUUGCUUGAUUCCGGAGUCACCUUUCUAUCUCGAAGGUGAAGGUGGACUUUACAGAUAUAUAGAAAAGCGUCUGAAGGACAAUGGCCAUAUGGUCAUUGUCGUUGCUGAGGGUGCAGGACAGAAACUAUUUGCUGAAACCAUGAAGGCAAUGGGGCAGGACGCCUCAGGCAAUGCUCUGCUUCUUGAUGUCGGUCUUUGGUUAUCUCAGAAAAUAAAUGAGCAUUUCAAGAAAACCAAAACAACCAUAAAUCUGAAGUACAUUGAUCCUACAUACAUGAUACGUGCCAUUCCUAGCAAUGCAUCGGAUAAUGUCUACUGCACACUGUUGGCUCACAGUGUGGUUCAUGGAGCCAUGGCAGGAUACACUGGGUUCACCGUUGGCCAAGUAAACGGUCGGCAUUGCUAUAUUCCCUUUUACAGGAUCACAGAAAAGCAGAACAAAGUCUCCAUAACCGAUAGGAUGUGGGCAAGGCUUCUCUCCUCCACCAACCAGCCAAGCUUCCUCUGCAAGCAAGACGUUGAAGACGCGAAGGUGGAAGACGAGCGGACAGCCAAGCUUUUGGAUGGCUCGCCUUCCAACCCCAAAGUUGAAGAUGGACUCGCAUCUUCCAACUCCAAUGGUGUGAAGUGAGGUCACACGGAUACUGAUACCUUUGUGCAGAUGGAUUAGUACUCGCUAGCAGUAUUUAUUAGUUACGGCAAGUCAUCCUUUGGUUCUCUCCGUAAGAAUAAAUAAAUACUGUAGCAUUUCCUCGUCCACGGUUUGCUUUGAAGA